GUGUGACAGUUUGUAUAAGCAGCACAGUUGGUCCUUUUGUCCCUCAGGGAUGUAGGUGAAAGGGCCCCAGUGCUGAAGAGCAGCAGCUGAUCAUGCUCACUUCACAUGAUCCCUUGCAUAUUCUGUUUAUGCUGAUAAAUUGCAAAACCAAUAAGCUUUAAGACAUUGAUUGAAGACACAUGGAGUGGACUGUGUGUGUGUCAGCUUAUAAUAUGCACAGAAUCUAUUGUUAAUUCUAUUUGCAACAUGGAGGUUGAGGAGCUCUGCUCAGAUAUCCAGGGUGAAUUCCAGCCUGCUCCUUUGGGUGCAGGUGACAUGGAGGCUGUGGAGGCUCUGAUGUCCAUGACUAAACACUGGAAGACCAGGAGCUUCAAGCAGAGACACAUCAGACCCUUGACUCCGUCCUCAGACUGCUCAGAGGAUGAUGCUGUCCCCUUUGGAUCGUCUGUGUUACAGGGCUCUCCUUUGUGUAUGACACCGCCAUACAGUCCACCCAACUUUGAGGCCACCCAUUCACCCACAGCGCCAAACUUACAUCAACCUUCAGCAGCUGGAAGUCCAAGCUGGCAGCCAACAGAAGAGACUCAUAUGCACACACACACUGCGGCUUCUCAGCAACAGUUCCAGUGCACCAGUGUAAUUCGUCACACUUCAGAUGGCCAGCCCGUCUCCUGUAAUGUCCAUCCUGUCUCCAGGGAAGAUGGACCUACCCUUAAUAAAAAAGACUUUAAAACAGUUUUUAGCUCUGAAUUUGGGCUAAACAGUGGAGAGUCUGAGGGGAGUACUGUAGUACAGCCUGACUCUAAUGCAGUCAUGUCCCAGAAAUCUGUUACUGUGACUUUGCCAAAUGUGGUUGAAGCCAGCCAGACCCAGGUUAGUGCUUUGGGCCUGGAUGAUAAAUCAAACGCACCUCAGGCUGUCUCCUCUGUCCCUUCUGCUGGCUUUGUCUCUCCUGUGCCCUUGUUCUGCCAGAUUCUUCCUGUCUCUUCACCUUCCUCCACUGUCACAGCUCCUGGCAGUCAGAAGCAACACCUAAUACCUAUUCCGUCAGCAACCCCCACUGCACUGCAACAGCAGCACAAACAACAACAGGCACUACCACAAACACAAACACAAGCAGCUUCUCCUGCCCAUGUCUUCCUCCUGGGGGAUCAGGUGGCAAAGGGACCCUUAAUGCUACUUGUCCCUCAGCCAGCUGUCCCUACGCUCUACGUCCAGCCAGCACUGGUGACCCCUGGUGGCACCAGGCUAGCAGCAAUUGCCCCCGCGCCUGGUCGAGCCUUGUUGGAGCAAAGACAAAACCCACUGCAGCCAAAAGUGUCCCGUGUACGCAGUCAUGUUUGUCCCAAUGAGGACUGCAGCAAGACCUACUUCAAGAGCUCCCACCUCAAAGCCCACAUGCGAACACACACAGGUGAGAAGCCCUUCAAAUGCAAGUGGGAGGACUGCGAGAGGCGAUUUGCUCGCUCCGACGAGCUGUCUCGCCACCGCCGUACCCACACUGGAGAGAAAAGGUUUGCCUGUCCCAUGUGCCUCAGCCGCUUCAUGCGCAGCGACCACCUUGCCAAGCACGCCCGACGGCACCUAGCAGAGAGGAAGACGCCCUGCUGGACGUUAAAGGUCACCCAGUCAGCUGACCUCGCUUCUUCCACAACACUCAGGCUUUCUUCAACAAACUUUCUUUGAGACUUCCUGAUGAAAGUAAAAACUGUGAAAUUGAAUGUGAGACGUUGUGAGUCUCAAACAGUGCACAGAAGAGUCAGAGCCUGAUUUUUACAUGUCACCAGCCAGCUUGUGACAGUGGAACACUGCUGAAAUGACAUUUAUGAAGCUGCAUGUAAAGCCUUUGCUGCUUUUCUGUGCUGCUUUAAAAACGAGGUGAUUACUGUUUACAAUCAACUUCAAAUUACUGCAUCCCUGAGCAUUUACACUGAAAAUAUCAAAUGAAGUUACUAUUCUGUAAGUCAUUUUCAUAACACUUACAAUGUUAUUAAUGCUAAACAUGUUUACUUUUCAGUUAUAUUUGACCAAAGAAUGUUGAAUAUUAUUGUU